AGUCGCCUACUUCACCCUUCACCUUCCCCAUCGCGUCGGCGCUCUGCAACUCUUACCAUUUCUCACCUUGUGAAUUGGUCCAGCGUGAAUUGAUUGUUGCGUAGCGCAGCGACGCCUACUACGCCCACCACAUCGUCCCUCGGGGUCGCGUUCGCACCCGCGACACGUCACCCGCACCCGUCGCCGUCAUGGAUUCCGACAUGGAGGACUCGGUCUUCGAAGACUUCGAGAACGAUUCUGGUGGCUACGAACCCGAGCCGAAACCCAAGGCCAAGGCAGCCGCCAAGAAGCCUGCAGCGAAGCCUGCAGUCAAGGCCGUGCCAAAAAAGACGGUUCAAACAACUUUGAAAAUGCCCAAGACCGCCUCCAAGAAGCGUUCCAAGACCGAGAGUGAUGAUGAAGACGACGAUGCCUCGGGAUUCUCCAACACCCCGCCAAGCGCGAAGAAACAAAAGAAGGCGUCCACUUCUAAGAAGUCCGGCGGUGAGCCCCUAGGCGAGAUCGAAAACGAUAGCAUGAUGGUCGACGCGCCCAAGCCAGGCAAGAAGACGGCCACGGAGACGUACCAGAAGCUUACUCAACUGGAACACAUCCUUAAGCGACCCGACACCUAUAUCGGCUCAGUCGAGCGCACCGAGCAGCAGAUGUGGGUGUUCAACAAAGAGACGACGCAGAUGGAGCUGCGACCUAAGGUUGGCUUUGUGCCUGGUCUGUACAAGAUAUUCGACGAGAUCUUGGUCAACGCCGCCGACAAUAAACAGCGAGAUUCCAGUAUGACCUACAUGAAGGUCACGAUUGACCGUGAAGAGGGUAAGAUCACUGUCGAGAACAAUGGCAGAGGCAUCCCGGUCGAGAUCCACGGCACCGAGGGCGUCUACAUUCCGGAAAUGGUUUUUGGUCAUCUCCUUGCCGGCUCCAACUUUGACGACAACGAGAAGAAAACUGUCGGUGGCCGAAACGGUUACGGUGCGAAGCUUUGCAACGUCUUCAGCACCGAGUUCACCCUCGAAUGCCAGGAUUCCAAGAACGGAAAGCGAUACAAGCAGACAUGGACGGACAACAUGGGUAAAAUGGGCAAGGCCAAAAUCACGAAUAGCAAGUCGAGCGACUUCGUCCGCGUCAGUUUCCGGCCAGAUUUUAAGAAGUUCGGCAUGGAAAAUGGCAUCGACGACGACCUCGAGUCUCUGCUCUAUCGCCGGGUCUACGACAUGGCCGGCACCGUUCGCAACAUCAAAGUCUACCUUAACGACACUCACAUUAAGCUCAAUUUCAAGACGUACUGCGAAAUGUAUGCCAAGGCGAUUGCGCGAGAGCGAGGCGCUGAGGAGGGCGCCGAACCUAGCGCGACAGUCAUCAUCGACGAGUCUAAGGCCCAUCCGGAAUGGGAUAUCGGCUUCGCGGUCUCGGACGGGUCCUUCCAGCAGGUCUCCUUCGUGAACUCCAUAGCAACCACUACAGGUGGCACGCAUGUUAACUAUAUCUCCGAUCAAAUCUGCGAGUCUCUUCUGAAGGCGUUAAACAAGAAGAAGAAGGGACAUUCGCUGAAGAGCAACCAUAUCCGCAACCACAUCUUCAUCUUCAUCAACUGCUUGAUCACCAACCCCGCGUUCACAUCUCAGACCAAAGAGCAGAUGACAACCAAGGUCAGCCAGUUCGGCAGCAAAUGUGCCUUGACCGAAUUGUUCCUCAAGAAGAUUGGCCAGACCGACGCCAUAAGCAACAUCAUACAGUUCGCCGAGGCCAAGGCCGAUAAGAUGAUGGCGAAAAGCGAUGGCAGCAAGCGCUCGAGGAUUAGCAACAGCAAGCUCGUCGACGCCAACUUGGCGGGUACCAAGCACGGCCACGAGUGUACCUUGAUCCUGACCGAAGGUGACUCCGCCAAGAGUCUGGCUGUCGCUGGUCGUGCCAUCCUCGAUCCUGAUCGUAUUGGCGUCUUCCCGCUUCGAGGCAAGAUGCUCAACGUCCGCGACGCCUCGAUCGACCAAAUCACGAAGAACCAAGAAAUUCAGAAUAUUAAACAAUUCCUAGGGCUAAAACACAAGCAGGUUUAUACCGAUACGAAGUCUCUCCGGUACGGACAUCUGAUGAUCAUGGCCGAUCAGGAUCACGAUGGUAGCCAUAUCAAAGGUCUUCUUAUCAACUUCCUCCAAGUCCAAUAUCCUUCACUCCUCAAGAUCCCGGACUUCUUCCAGGAAUUCACUACCCCCAUCGUGAAGGUUUGGCAAGGGUCGAACCCCAAGAAGCCCCUGAGGCUCAAAUCGUUCUUCACCCAAUUCCAGUACGAGCAAUGGAAAGAGGUGCACAAGUCAGAACUCAAACGAUGGGAAUCAAAAUAUUUCAAGGGUCUGGGUACCAGUUCGAACGAGGAUGCUCAAGUCUACUUCAACGAUCUCGACAACCAUCUGAAACAGUUCGACGUGAUGAAGCCGGACGAGGCAGAACUCUUCGAACUAGCCUUCUCGAAGAAGAAGGCCGACGCCCGCAAAGAGUGGAUCGGCGGCUUCGUACCUGGAACCUAUCUCGACCCCUCGAUAAAGCUAGUCUCAUACGACGACUUUGUCAACAAGGAGUUGAUACUGUAUAGUAUAGCAGACAAUAUGCGGUCCAUUCCUUCGGUUAUCGACGGUCUGAAGCCAGGCCAGCGAAAGGUCAUCUACGCCUGUCUAAAGCGGAACCUGGUCAAGGACAAGAAGGUCAUCGAACUGGCCGGGUACGUGUCGGAGCAGACGGCCUACCAUCAUGGCGACAUCUCUUUGCAGCAAACCAUCAUCGGUCUAGCACAGAAUUUCGUCGGCUCCAACAACGUCAACUGUCUCGAGCCGAGCGGAAACUUCGGUUCCCGACUUUCCGGCGGUUCUGAUGCUGCCAGCGCCCGAUAUAUCCACACCCGUCUCUCUCCAUUUGCCCGGCGCGUGUUCUGCGCCUUGGACGAACCCAAUUUGGAGCACUAUGUUGAGGAUGGAAAGAAGAUCGAGCCAAAGGUCUACGCGCCCGUUAUUCCAAUGAUUCUGGUGAACGGUGCGGACGGCAUCGGCACCGGUUGGAGCACAUCCAUCCCGAAUUAUCACCCGAUGGAUAUCAUCAGGAAUCUGAGGCGGCGUAUGGGGCGUUUGGAUGGCGAUGACGAGAAGCCGUUCGAAACGAUGAUCCCUUGGUUCAGAGGCUGGAAGGGUACUCCGCAGGUUGCGGAUAACAACCGCUACCAAUUCAACGGUAUCGCCUACCAAAACGACAAAAACCCUAAUGAGGUGAUUGUCACGGAAUUGCCCAUCCGCGUGUGGACCGACGAUUUCAAGGCGAAGCUAGAGGAGAUCAUCCGGGGUGAAAAGGUCACCUCCUUCAUCAAGGACUACAAGGAAUUUAACGACCAUAACAAUGUCCACUUCGAGAUCCAGCUGGACGAGAAGAACAUGAAGGCGGCUCUAGAUGAGGGUCUCCUCGAGAAGUUCAAAUUGGUCAAACAAGUUGCCACGUCCAACAUGGUGGCGUUUGACAGCCGCGGUAUGGUUCGCAAAUACGACAGGGUUGAGGACAUUAUGGAGGAGUUUUACGUGUACAGGAUGAAAAUGUACACUCAACGUAGGUCUCACUGGAUCUCAGUCUACGACACAGAAUUCCGCAAGUUGAGCAACCAAGCUCGAUUCGUCCGAGAGAUUAUGGAUGGGAAAUUGGUGGUGUCACGCAAGAAGAAGCAGGUAAUCAUCGAUGAACUUCGUGAGAAGAAAUACGAAGCAUUCUCGAAAGGGCCAGAGAAGAAGACCAAGUCGGAGGAGGAGGAGGAGGGUGGUGUUGGUGAGGGAGCGGAAGAGGCAGACACAGAUUCGGACGCACGAGGCUACGACUACCUCCUUUCCAUGGCUAUCUGGUCGUUCACCCAGGAGAGGCUUGAUCGUCUCCAUGAUCAAAUCGCCAAGAAGAAGUCCGAGCGCGACGAGCUGCAGGCACUCAGCGAGAAGGAUCUCUGGUGCAGGGACCUCGACGAGUUCGAAGCGGAGUGGGAGAACCAGCAGCGACUAGAGGCCGAGAUCGCCACCGGUAUCCAUAGGAUGGGCCGCCGCACGUCGAAGAAGAUCGGCGCCGGACGUCCUCGCAAGAACAAGGGCGACGACGACUGGGAGCCCGGUGCCAAGUCGAGGCCUGGUGCGAAGGCAGCCCCAAAGCCCAAAGCAGCACCGAAGGAGAAGAGCGCUCAGCGCUUCACCGCAAUGUUCAACGGAGACGCCAAGAAGAAGGCGACGACGACAACGACGACGACGACAGCGACGCUGGCGGCUCCGGCUCCGGAGAAGGUUUCUGAGAUCAAAGUGGAUUCAGACUCGGAUCCCUUCUCGGACGACGACUUUGCCAAGCUUAAGAACCCAGGCAAGAAGGAGUCUAAGCCAGCGGCCAAAGACCCAGCCGCGGAGGCUCCACCUCCGCCAGGCGCCCGAGCAAAGCGGGCAGCAGCCACGAAGGCGAAGACGUGGAUCGUGGACGACUCAUCUGAGGAGGAAGAUGACGACGACGACGACGACAUGAUGCUCGGCGACGUGGGCGACAUGGUCAAGGGGAUUAAGAGUGGCGGCGGCGACGGCGGCGGCACGUCCGGGGCCGGGACAGGCCGGCUCAGCCUAUUCUCGAUGAGCAGCGGCGGCAGCGGCGGCGGCGCCAACUCGGCCGCGGCGGCUCUCAAGGUGAAGACGAGCAAGCCGGCGAAGACAUUCGACUUCGGCAGCGACGACGACACCAACUACGAAUUGCUGGCCAAGUCGCCGCAGAAGAAGACGCGCGGCGACGAGCUCGACAGCUUCCUGUCGGCCGACGACGACGACCUGCCACCGGUGUCUAAAGUGGUGAGCCGACCCAAGCCGUCGGCGUCGGCGGACCCCAAGCCCGCCAAGUCGGCGGCCUCGGCCGGCCCGGUCAUCAAGAAGGCCCGUGGCCGGCCCGCCGGGUCCAAGAGCAAGGACGAGGAGGCGCCAGCGAAGAAGGCAGCACCGGCGAAGGCGAAACCGUCCAAGGCGUCAACGACGACGACGACGGCAACGCACCUGUCGCCGGCGGCGAAGGCGUACGCGGCGAAGAAGGGGAAGGAGAAGACGAAGGCGAAGCGGGACGACUUCGACAUGGACGACUCGGAAGAAGAAGAAGAGUACGGCGGCGGCGGUAGUAAGGGGAAGAAGGGCAGCACUAGAGUCGACGAUGAGGACGAGGAUGAGGAUGAGCUAGACUCGCCGCCGCCGCGACCGGCGGCCCGCAGCAGCAGACCCGGACGGGCGGCGGCGACGAAGUCGCGGCCCGUGUACGUUAUCGACGAUGACGACGACGAGGAUGAAGAGGACAGCUUCGUGGUCAACGAUAAGAAGGCGGACCUGAGCGACUUCGACAUGGACGACAGCGAGUGAAGCCUCUGCCGGGAAGGAGGAAGACGCCACGGGGAGGAGAGAAGGCGGAUGUGGAGAUGAAUGCCGCUCCCAGUCUUCCAGAUGUGUUGCGGGGGAAAGCUACGAUGAAUGCCU